AUGCCCCAACGGAUCCGUGUCAACGCUGCGUGCCGGCGCGGGAGCCUGCAGAGAUUUCUGCUGCGACGCCGCAGCCGUCGGCACGAGCUUCCUGGGGAGCAGCUCGCCCACCAGCACGUCAGGGUGACCAUGGAGUCCCCGCACCGUGAAGCUGAGCCGGGGCAGCAGGAGCAGGAGCUGCGGCAGAUCCUCAACAAGGACAAGAGCAAGCGAAGUGCUGUGGCCAGCACAGUGGUGAAGCAGAAGCUGGCUGAGGUCAUCCUGAAGAAGCAGCAGGCAGCUUUGGAGAGGACCACCAACCCCAACCCUACAACCAUGCCGUACAGGUCUCUGGAGCCUCUGGAUCCUGAGGGCCCUUCCCCUCCUGUGCUCAGCACCUUCCUGCCUCCUGUCCCCAGCACCUCUCUUGACCCCCCGGAGCAUUUUCCACUGCGGAAGACAGCGUCUGAGCCCAACCUGAAGGUGCGUUGCAAGCCCAGGAAGUGCCUUGACCGACGCAAGAACCCCCUGACGCGCAAGGAGAGCGCUCCCCCCUCGCUGAAGAGACGGCCGCCUGAGGCGAUCGUUAGGACUCAAGCCACCCUCUCCUGCUGCCCGUGCCGGAGCUGCUUGGCCCACGCCGAGCUCUGCCGGUGCUGGAGCAUGGAGACUAAUGAGUUGUGUUUGGUGCAGACGCCCCUGGCCCAGCGCCUGAUGAUGCAGGAGAGCUCACUGGCCCAGUUUGCCCUGCAGAGCGCAGCCUCCCUUCCGGCCAUCACGCUGGGAUUGCCGGCUACCACUAGCGCCAGGGGAGAUGCCGAUCGCCGCCCCCUCUCCAGCCUGGCACACCGGGUGCCCGUGCUGAACGGACCUGUCCUCGCGGGCACGCACUCGCCCAUGUUCAUACCAGCCAGCUUGCACGAGGCCGGGAGCCCCUUAUCCCCUCGGCUCCAGCCCGUCAUCAUCCUGGAGCCCUCGGUCACCCACACUCCGCUGGUGGCUGUGCCAGGUCUGGGAACGGUCCCCUUCUCCUUCGCCCCUUCGCUCAUCUCUGCAGAGCGUCUGUCGCUCCCAGGCCACCAUAAACCGCUGGGCAGGACCCGCUCGGAGCCCCUGCCCCAGAACCCCAAGGCCAUCCAGCAGCAGCUGGUGUACCAGCAGCAUCACACCCAGUUCCUGGAGAGGCUCAAGCAGCAGACGCAUCUGGGCAAGCGCAUGGCUAAAUCCAGCGAGAAGCCCCGUCUGCGGCAGAUCCCCUCCUCGGAGGACAUGGAGGCCGAGGGGACGCUCCCAGAAGCCGGGGCUGAGAGCAGCGACCCGGCGAGGGCACGCGUGGAGCCCCCACGACCGGGGAGCAGCGUGAAGGAGCCCGAGAGGACUCAGAAGAUGAUGCAACCUCAAGAGGAGCUUGUCCUGCAGCAGGCCUAUCUCUGGGAUUCCUACCAGCGCGUGCAGCAGCAGCUCCUCAAGCGGCAGCCCUUGUCCGACACCCCCAUGGUCCCCACUAUCCACGCGGGGCACAGACCUCUCUCCAGGGCUCAGUCAUCUCCUGCCACAGCGACCGUCUCCCUUCCUGCCCAGGACACGGCCUCCAAGACGCUCUCCCUGCCCGUGCAGGAGCAACCGGCCAAGCCACACUUCACAACAGGGCUGGUUUACGACUCGGUGAUGCUCAAACACCAGUGCUCCUGCGGCGACAACAGCAACCACCCGGAGCACGCGGGCAGGAUCCAGAGCAUCUGGUCCCGCCUGCAGGAGAGAGGCCUGCGCAGCCGAGGUGAGCGCGAGCGGCAGGUGGGAGCCGGACGCCUGUCCGGGAGGAGGGUGCUGGUACGAGCUGAUCUCAUGUUAAUG